GAACUUUAGAGAAGCUCUAAACUCUCUCUCUCUCUCUUUUCAAUUUGGUGUUCAUGGAUCCACAGAUUCAUCACCAUUUUCAUAAACUAAGCACUAUAUAGAUCUCAUCUCUCUCUUUCUCUCUGUUUCUAUAUAUUUGGGUAUAUGAUACUUUUAUUAGUCAAUUGUGUAGUAGUACUAUGUCGUGAACAUAUUGGAGAGAAAUGCAAGUUGCAAUUGAUCAAUGGAAGGUGAGAAGGCGAACCUUCUAGGACCAGAAGCAGCAGCAGCAGCGUCCAAGCCCAUUUCCAUUCUUCCAAUCGAUCCGUCAGAAUCCGCUAAUGUCAGCCGUUCCUUUACACUCUCUUCAACAACAACCACGACGUCUUCCUCCUCAUCUUCUCCACCGGAUUUCCUCCGUCACAUUCAAGCCGCCUUCAAACGCCCUCGUCCUCGGGGUACAAUGCAAUCAAAUGGUAUUAUGCCAAGGAGAUCGGUAGCUCCUGUGCGGCAAGCAUCAAGAGGCUCUACUGUGAAUACAGAUUGUACAGUUGAAGCAAAGAAGACCCAAGAUGAAAUUCCCCUGAGUCACAGAUUAAUGGAAUGUAUUUCACAACCAAAGAACAUUGGCUCUGACACUGUAGAAGCUCAAGAGGAUGCAUCUAUGCCACCUUCGGAGUAUGGUUCCACAGUAGACAUGCAUGAAGAGAAUUAUAAUUCAUUCAAUAGUUUGAGAGAUCAACCAAGAUCCUUCACUGGUCAUAGAAGCAACAUUACAUCUGCUUCCUUGGGAACAGAGUGUGAGCAUGUUUUAUUGGCUGAAGGGCAGAAGAAGGUCCAUUUUGCUGCUGAUAGCACUUCCAGGUCUCAGGGUGUGAAUAACCGAAUGGUCACUGGAACAGAGGACUUGUUGUCUCAUGUGAAUUCACUUACAUUGACAGAAAUGGAUUGGGAUGUCGGAAAUCAGAUGGAGGCUGUCACCGCUGCUAGCCAAGUCUUGAGAGAUCAAAAUAUUCAUACCACCGAUGUGGAUGGUAACGGGAAUUCCUCUCUAUUGGCAAAUAGAACAUUAGGAGUUGCAGAUCAGAUUCACCAAUUCAGGAACUUCUUACGGAAUGAUUUGAGCCACCCCAUGACUCAAGCUUCAGUGGUUGGUUCAAGCUGCACUACAACUACAUUGAUAAACUCGACAUCUGCUCCCAUGCUAAACUCAACAACCUAUUGUCCACAAUAUCAUCUUGCAAGCAACUCUAUGGAGUCACUGGGGGAACAUAAACUGAAAUCUGAACAUCUGAUGCAAUCUUCUUAUCCUGUUCCAAUGAAUGAAAACAGGCUUUCAGCUGAUCAGACAGCUAUUGCUGUACCUAGUUCUACCACUGAAACUGAUUCAGAAGUUAAGAGACCUAAUCUGGCUGAAGGGCCGAAGAAUAGUAUGCUGAUUAAAGGUGACAUGCCUAAAGAUACUUCCCCUCUCGAGGAUAACUCAGCCAAAGAAUGUGUUACGGAUAUACAAUCUGAAGCUCCCUUGUCAAAAGUUUUAUCUUCCAACAUGAAGUUGGAACCUUCUAAGUCUGAAAAGCAAGAAAAAAGUGUGGGUAGUAAAGCAACAUCUUCGUCUCGUAAAAAAGGUUAUGAUCCUGAUACAUUUUUCAAAGUUAACGGAAAACUUUACCAAAGGCUUGGCAAGAUAGGUAGUGGUGGAAGUAGUGAGGUCCACAAAGUCAUUGCAUCAGAUUGCUCAAUUUAUGCCUUGAAGAAAAUCAAACUUAAAGGUCGUGACUAUGCUACUGCAUAUGGGUUUUGUCAGGAAAUUGAGUAUUUAAAGAGACUGAAGGGAAAGAACAACAUCAUUCAACUAAUUGACUAUGAGGUACGUACUUUACUAUAG